UUGUCCUGUUGUCUGUGGGCCCAGCUGAAACUAAAACCCAGAAGUCCCAUCUUCUCACCACACUCUGAAUAUUGGACAGCAGUCCCCAGUUGGCCUUGCUGUAAUGUCGGUUGCCAACCUAUCCUGGUUGAAGAAGAAAUCUCAGUCAGUGGAUAUUACUGCACCGGGUUUUAACCCCUUGGCAGCGGCUGAAAAGCAGGCUCCACAGACAAGUAGUAAGGUGCCUCCUCCUGCCAAGAUCACUACGUUUGUGGAAGAGCAGAACAAUGCCACGAAUGCACAGAAGCAUAAUCCCCGGAGAAGUGAGCUCAAGAGAUUCUACACCAUUGACACUGGCCAAAAGAAGAGUCUAGACAAGAAAGAUGGGCGACGAAUGUCUUUUCAGAAACCUAAAGGAACUAUUGAAUAUACUGUUGAAUCAAGAGAUUCUUUGAACAGCAUCGCUUUGAAAUUUGAUACAACACCAAAUGAAUUGGUUCAAUUAAAUAAGCUAUUCUCCCGGGCAGUUGUGACUGGACAGGUUUUGUAUGUUCCUGACCCAGAGUAUAUUUCUAGUGUUGAGAGCUCCCCAUCCCUCAGUCCUGUAAGUCCUCUAUCGCCAACAUCAUCAGAAGCUGAAUUUGAGAAGACAACAGAUCCCGAUGGCAUCCCCCAGAAAGAGACUACUCCCGCACCCACUUAUACAUGUGUUCGUCCUACAAGAAUUGUAUCUUCAACUUCUGAGGAGGAAGAAGCAUUUACAGAAAAAUUUCUUAAAAUUAAUUGCAAAUACAUUACUAAUGGCAAGGGCACAGUUAGUGGUGUGUUGCUAGUGACGCCAAAUAAUAUUAUGUUCGAUCCACAUAAAACCGAUCCCUUGGUUCAAGCGAAUGGGUGUGAGGAAUAUGGCAUCAUGUGUCCAAUGGAGGAGGUUAUGUCAGCUGCUAUGUACAAAGAAAUUUUGGACAGCAAAAUAAAGGACUUGUUACCCAUAGAAGCAGAGCAUUUAUCAGUAAGGGACCUCUGCCAUUUUAAGAAAAUGCCAAGAAGCAAUAUGGAUGAAAUAGACUCAAGGGUUCGGGAUACAGGGAAUGACAGUGCCAGUACUGCUCCAAGGAGCACGGAGGAGUCUCUCUCUGAAGACGUGUUCACCGAAUCAGAACUUUCUCCGAUACGGGAGGAACUCACUUCUUCAGCCGACCAUCGACAAGAUAAGUCUUCUGGCGCGUCAUCCGAAUCUGUACAGACCAUACAUCAGCUAUCAGAAGGUUUAACAGUAACUCCAGAUUCCACCAAAACCCUGGGUGACUUGCAAUUCGGAACUGAACAGUCGGCCAAUACCGCUGGGCCCCUAAAUCCUCAAAGAAAUUUAGACCAUCCCGAAGUGGUCCUCAAGGAAAGCGAUCAAGUAGCAGACUGUCUCCAUCAGUCUUUGCUGGAAAAGGACCAUCAGAGAGCUGCAGAAAAAGCUGCAGACCGGGAUUUCACCCAGUUGGAGAAUUCAGCCAAAGGAGUAAAGGGUGAAGUUCGGGAGGAAGAUUUGCUGGGUAGUGAAAUCACAGAGUCUAGAAAGAGGGAAAAUGUUAAAGGAAAACUAGGGAAGGAACAAACUCGGGACUCAGAGACAGAAGUGGAGGAGCUACGUAAACUCUGGAAGACCCACACUAUGGAACAGACUAAGCAGCAAAGGGAAAAUAUUCAGCAGGUGUCACAGAAAGAAGUGAAACACAAAGUAGCAGCUGCAGAUGGACAUAUUGAAGGGUCUGCUCUACUGAAAGAGAAGAGAAGACAUCGAUUACAUAAAUUCCUCUGUCUCAGGGUUGGGAAACCAAUGAGAAAAACCUUUGUAUCUCAAGCAAGUGCAACAAUGCAGCAGUAUGCACAGAGAGAUAAGAAACAUGAAUACUGGUUUGCUGUACCACAUGAAAGGACCGACCAUUUGUAUGCCUUCUUCAUUCAGUGGAGUCCAGAGAUAUAUGCAGAAGAUACUGGAGAAUUUACUAGAGAACCUGGAUUUAUAGUGGUUAAAAAGAUUGAAGAACCUGAACCUAAUGAGGAUUCUACCAGUGAAGGUGCAGCUAGAGAAUGGGAGGUAGUGUCAGUGGCUGAGUACCACCGCAGGAUCGAUGCUCUAAAUACUGAAGAACUGCGCACACUCUGCAGACGUCUCCAGAUUGCAACAAAGGAAGACGUAAAUGCAAAGCAGGCUACUACAGUCAAAGCAGAACUGGAGUCCGAAUCCUUUCGGCCAAAUCUUAGUGAUCCCAGUGAGUUACUUCUGCCGGAUCAAAUUGAAAAGCUAACUAAACAUCUGCCACCUCGAACAAUCGGGUACCCAUGGACUCUGGUCUAUGGUACUGGGAAACAUGGGACAAGCUUGAAGACCCUGUAUCGGACAAUGUUGGGCUUAGACACCCCAGUUUUGAUGGUUAUCAAAGACAGUGAUGGUCAGGUAUUUGGGGCAUUAGCAUCUGAACCAUUUAAAGUGAGUGAUUGCUUUUAUGGUACUGGAGAGACAUUUGUUUUUACUUUUUCUCCUGAUUUUGAGAUCUUUAAAUGGACAGGAGACAAUAUGUUUUUUAUCAAAGGCGACAUGGAUUCCCUAGCAUUUGGAGGAGGCGGGGGAGAAUUUGCUCUCUGGCUCGAUGGGGAUCUCUACCAUGGCAGAAGCCACUCUUGUAAAACCUUUGGGAAUCAUACACUUUCUAAGAAAGAAGAUUUCUGUAUACAAGACAUUGAAAUCUGGGCCUUUGAAUAAAUAUGUUGCAGUCUCUGUUGAUGGGGUGAUGCCUCCAAAUCUGACAUGAGCUAGUGUAGUUGGGCAAGUUCAAGAAGCAAUAUGAUGUAGCAUGCCACUAAUGUGUUUUUGACUUACCUGCUUCACUGUGUGUUAAAAAUAUAAUUUGGGUGUGAGUUUAGUUCUGGAAAUAACCUCCGUGGCCCUUAUUAAGUUUUCCAAGUAUUUACUAUAGCUUAGUGUCAUUCUCCAUAUGCUAUUCUUAUAAUUUGCUGGGUGGCGGCCCUAUUUAACAAUUGCUUAUGCAAAUAGACGAGGCCAUGUCACUUCAGUUUUCAACUUUUUCACAAUCACUGUUUUCUCCCAAAUUUUACUUUCUGUUUUCUUGAUCUAAGGGUGUAUUUUUUUUCUUCAUUUAAGUAUGUUGCUUCUCUUAAUUCAGGAGCUGUAUUUCCAUUGGUUAUGUAGCUUUAGGAAUCUGCUCAGCCCUGUGAGAUUUACACCGAGUAGCAAUUGGAAUCGCAAAAUUAAAUAGUGGUGUCGCUAGACAAGAGACUGUAUGUCAAAUUAGUGCACAGCGUCUGCCUUUCACAUCAUAAUAUUCCUUUGUUUGAGAAGAGCAGGAUCAUUUGUUCAUUUAGAAAGUCAGAAUAUGCCUACUUGAGAAUUCUGAUUGGAAUAGAACAUUUUGUGUGUGCCAUCACUAGUCUGCAGGUCUGGGGUAAAUACUGAUCACUACUGAAAUAUCUGGUAAAACUGCAAAGGAGUAUGAGACCUUGAUUCCUUUGGAUUAAAAUAGAUUGAACGUGAACACAUAAUAUAAACGGUUAUUAUUUGUAGUUUAGCAGGGCAUUUAUUAGAAGAACAAGCACUAUGAAACAUGCAUUAUUCUUCAGCGUAUCAGAUAUACUGUUUUAUAGUUCCUUUGUUUUAGCCUUGUGGUGCAUUGACUCCAAAAUAAUUGCUUAUUCCUGUCCAAAAGAGAAAAACGUUGUGAAUUUUUAAAAAAUUGAGUAUUUGUUGUAAAUUGCAGUUUGCACCAGCAUCAGUGCAUCAGUGCACAACUGAUAAAAUGGGGUUGUGUACUACAGUAGACAAUAUCGUAAUUAAGUAGACUUGUGAAAUAUGCAAAUUUACUGUCAUGUGACCUCAAGAAAAAAAUGACAGGCUAGAAUAUACUCAUAGUCCUUGUCCUCUUUUGUAGGAAAACAGAUGAGCCACCGUGGCAAUAACUACACAUAUAAACAGUUUAUUUCAAAGCUUCUAUUCUAUGUUAUGCAAAAAAAAGCCCUGCUGUUCUAAGUGUGACAGUGAAUUUGUGCUGAAAUUUCAGCUACUCCAGAUGAACAUUGUAUAUUUUCUUGUAAAUUAAUGUUUAACAGUAGUUUUGUUCUUAUAGAAAGUGUUGAUUGACGGGUUGCUUAUAGCACUUUAAAUUAUUCUAGAAAUGGAAUAAGAGCCAAAUGUGUUGGCUUAAGUAGAUGUAGUUGUAUAACACUUCGGUAUAUUUAGUUCUUUUGGAAGUUUAAAAACAUAAUCUAAAGAAAGCUUACUGCUCUGGUUGCAAUAAGGGCAAAUGUUCUAUCCUUAUAUGCUAUUGCUGAAUGUGAAUAGAAACACAGAAAAGCAUUUCCCUGUCUAUGUAAAGCUCUCUCUACUUAGUUAAAAGUUAGUACUACUCUAUCGAUUAAAUGUUUACAGAUAUAGGGAAUUGUAAAUAAAUAUAUCUGCUUUUCUCCCCUUUGGUCUUCCACAGCAGUAUUAUUGUCUUUGUGGAGUUCAGACUAAUCAUAAAAAAAAAAUUCCAUAAUGGAUUUCAAGUACUACAAGGUCAUAGUGAUGUAUAGCAAAUAAAACAAAAUAUGUGGAAAAAGAAA